GUGAUAGAUAUAUCGCAUCUUACUGCUAUUUUAGCAUUAAAGUCUUUUCAUUAUCUUGAAGUCACAUGCUAGCUUUAAGUUCACUCCUAUAAAUAAAAAUUUCUUCUCCUCCUUGUCUAUCAAGUCACUUGCUUCAAAUAUUUGGUACAUUCUCAAAUUGAUAAGUUGCAUUGAAGAAAACACAAAGAUGGGUUUAAUGCGGUCCGUGCUUCCAAAUGCAAAGCAAAUCUUCAAAUCACAAUCUAUGAGGAACAAAAACGGACCACCAUCAUCAACAACAACUUCAGGGCUUGUUCCUAAAGGUCACGUAGCCGUUUAUGUUGGGGAAAGAAUGGAGAAGACAAGGUUUGUGGUUCCGAUAUCAUACUUGAACCAUCCUUUGUUCAGAGAGUUUCUUAAUUGCGCGGAGGAAGAGUUCGGAUUUCAUCACCCAAUGGGUGGUUUGACGAUUCCUUGUCGAGAAGAAGCGUUUCUUCAUCUCAUUACAUCUCAUCAGCUGCACUGAGGAACACAAUUAUUAAUAUUUAGUAGCCUUAAGGGUUUUGAUGAAACUUUGUUUUCUCUCUCUCUAAGGGGAGAAUUAUAGGAAACUUACUUGUGUGUAUACAUCGGAAUAAGAUACUAAAAGUUGUACUAUAGUAUUUAUAUUCAAACUAUUAAAAGGUCAAGAUGCAGAGGGUGGCAACUUAUCAAAAAAAAAAAAGAUUUAGAGGGUGACUGCAUUCUAAGCUUUAAAGGUUGUGCAUAGGAGAUUUAGAUCUCUUUUUAUUUUCUUACCAAUUUGUUGUGUGUAAAUGCUUAAUAUAUUGGGAACAAAUAUAUAUAUUUGAAACAUAA